GCACACGGUAGUGUAUACAAGAGAGAGUGAAGAAUAGCUUCCAGGAUUGGAGAUAACGUCUGGUCAAUUUAUAAUUCCGACAUGAGGGUGUGCAUCAUUGGAGCAGGGGUCAUCGGCCUCUCCACCGCUCAGAGCAUCUACCAGCACUUUCACAGCAGGAUCAGCCCCCUCACCAUAGAGGUGUAUGCUGAUGUCUUCACUCCACUCACCACCAGCGACGGGGCAGCUGGACUCUGGCAGCCGUAUCUCUACGACAAGGGCAAUGUGCAAGAAACUAAAUGGAACAAAGAGACGUUUGACUAUCUACAAAGUUGCCUCAGCUCGCCAGAUUCAGUGAAAAUGGGAAUCUUCCUUCAGUCUGGCUACAAUCUGUGCUCUGAAACUGCACCAGACCCCUCAUUUAAAGAUGCGGUGUUGGGUUUUCGCCAGCUGACUAAACGUGAACUAGACAUGUUCCCGGGAUACAGUUUUGGGUGGUUCAACACCACUCUCAUGAUUGAAGGAAAGACAUACCUGCCCUGGCUUAUGGACUGGUGA